GGCUCUCCAAUCCAGACAUGGUUCAGGAAGGUUGUCCAGGAGAGGACGGGAUGGGGAAGCAUUACUAACCCCCUCCCCGACCCAAUCCAUACAUAUAUAGUCUUCCCCAGCGGUAGCAUGGCUCUGGUUCCUCCUCUCCAGACAGAAGAGGAAAGAGGCAGGAGGGCUCACAUACCAAGAAGCCCCUCUGCAGUCAACUUGAUCGAGGCGGGUGGGUGGGUCUCUUUGGUUUGCCCUCCAAACGUCCAUGUUGCUCUGCUUUCCCCCUUUCCAGUCUUUUUUUUCUUUGUCCACGUGCACGAAGAAGCCUACUUCCCCCAAAUAUAUAUAUUAUAGCAUUUGGAAAUACUACACACAUAUAUAUGUGUAUAUCUGGCUUCCAAAGCUGAGUGUUUGUGUCAGAAUGUCAAUGGAUCAGCGUGCAACCCGCUGCUGGAGUUUCUCUGAAGGAGGGGGGCAAAAAACACGGCGUUGGAGUGGAUCUGGAAAUGUGGGUUCGUGGGAAGGGCUCCCCGUUGUGUCUCCGGCGACCCUUGGCUCUCAAGGUGCCCCAUAAAGAGCCCCAAACCCCCCUCUUGUGCCCCCCGCCCCCCGCUUUCCCCUCUCCUCGUCUGUUCGGGCGCGUGAGAGGAAAAGAGGCAGAUCCGAGGGAGACAGGCUUCUUCUCUUGGAUUUGACUUUUCGCCUUGCCAGCCUCCCGUUCGCUCUGAACUCAGCCGCACAGUAUUAUUUACAGUACAGCUUCCCAAAGUACAACACAAUAGUAUAAUUUAACCUUUCCAGUGCACUCGUAAAUUUUUACUGCCGCGAAACACAGCGAUGCAAAUGAAUAUGCUCGUCGUUACUGACUUAAUAACAACCCGGUGGCUCCCGAGACAAUAACUCCUUAUGUAUGAAAUAGAAUAAAUAUAGAUUUAAAUACAGUGCGCCCGCCCAAUGUUAUUUUCCUUUUCUUUAUUUUUAUGGCUUCCAUUAUUGUAUAAUUUUAUGUGAAGGUCUCCCAUCACUUAAAAAAAUAAUAAUAAAAUAAAGGAAGCCUGUCUUAGUUGGGUUUUUUUUUCUCCUCUCCUUUCUUGGAUUCUCCAAACGCCAAGCUUUGAUGGGAUGAUUAAUUAUGAUAUAAAAUAGUCCCCUCUUUUAAAGGAGGGCAAGACCCACCCUCCCCUUUCCCCCUCCCCCUCCUGAAAAAAAAUCCCUAAUCUUUUAAUCUUAUUUGCAUGCCACAAAAACCCAAAGUUUGCUCGUCCAACUCGCCCCCUUUACAUUAAAAAAAAAUCCUAAGGCUGGGCUAUAAAAAAUGAUGACUCGAAAACACUGACCCAUUAAUAGCCUGCGGACUGAUUUAUACUUUAUUGUUCUGCCGCCCGGCCACGUGAGGCGCGGCAGCCAAUCAGAGGCCCCGGCCGCCUUCAACUUAUUAGGUGACUGUACUUCUUCGCCAGGACCAAGUUGUGACAUGAAAUCUGCCGUUUCAUAAUUUCGCCGGGUCUUGCCUCUCUCUCCUCCUUCCUUCCUUUUUCUCUCUCUCUCUCCCCCUUCUCUUCUUUUUCCUCCCUUCCCUUCCCUCCUCCGCCCGGGCCAUGACUUCCUCGGGGACGCUGAGCAACUACUACGUGGACUCCUUCCUGCUCCACGAAGGCGGCGAGGAGCUGGGCCCCUCCGCGGCGCGCUACGGCUCGCUGCCCCUGGGCCAAGUGGGCUCCCGAGGGGCGGCCCCCGAGCACGCCGACUUCUCGGCCUGCAGCUUCCAGGCCAAGGCCUCCUCGGUCUUCUCGGCCUCCUGGAGCGCCGCCCCGCCGCCUCCGCACCCGCCUCCGCCUCCUCCGCCGCCCCCGGGCUCCGGCCACGUCUACCACCCCUACGUGCACCACCCGCCCCCGCUGCCCGCCGCCCCCGACGGCAGCAGGUACCUGCGCUCCUGGCUGGAGCCUCUGCCCGGCGGCUCCUUGGCCUUCCCCGCCUUGCCGCCGCCCGGCCGGCCCUACGGCAUCAAGCCCGAGCCGCUCCCGGCCCGGCGGGGGGACUGCCGCACUGCCUUCGAGCCGCACAGCAACGCCCUCCCCCUGACUGACUAUGCCUGUGGUUCCCCCUCAGCUGAACGGGAGAAGACCCCCGGAGAUGGGCCGCCCUUCGCCGAGAGCCACGCCGAGAGCGAGGCCGGAGCAGGAGGAGCAGGAGGGGACAAGAACCAGAUCGACCCCAACAACCCGGCGGCCAACUGGCUCCACGCGCGCUCCACGAGGAAAAAGCGCUGCCCUUACACCAAGCACCAAACGCUGGAGUUGGAGAAGGAGUUUUUGUUCAACAUGUAUCUGACCAGGGACCGACGGUAUGAGGUGGCCCGGCUGCUGAAUUUAACCGAGAGACAGGUCAAAAUCUGGUUCCAGAAUCGGAGGAUGAAAAUGAAGAAAAUCAACAAGGACCGAGUGAAAGAGGACUGAGUGGGUCUCGCGUGGCAGGUUCCUCGUGGCUCAGAAACAGCGGAGAAAAACACCCCUUUUCUCCCAUUUUUUCACCUCCCAAGGCGACACAACCGAAUCCCUUCAUCUUCCAAUGAGACUAUCUAGGCCUCGCGUGACUCGCCUUUAUUGUUUAUGUUUUAUUUAAUUUUUCAUUUUUUUGAAAAAAAAACCCCGACUACAACAAAAUCCUUUGAUGGUUUGUUCUCGUCUUUGGCCCAAUCGGCUCUUGAAUGUACCUCGCCAGCGUGCAGGGAGAUAAAUGGCUGGGACCUGGUGCUAUUGAAGAGGUACCACGACUUUCAAUCUAUUACCUACAGACAGGGAAAGAAAGAGAUCUGCUCCCUAAUCAUAGGCAAGGCAAACAGGGGAGGCUCGUGUUGUUGGCUUGUCUAAAUCUACCUGUCCUUCUUGAAAGAAAGAGAAUGAAAGAAAACUACCUUUUUAAAAUGCACAAUUCUUUAUGGACUGUAUAGGUUAGUCGAAAUAGUUAAUUUUAUUUGCUUUUUGCGCAGCAGAGAGAGCUCUGCUUUUAAUACUUGAACACUGUGUUUUUAUUGUGGUAAUUAAUUAUGUUUGUGACUCGGUUUUUUUGUGCUUGGGUGCUGUAUCCGAUUGUGGUCCUGUAAGCUAGAAUUCAAUUUGAACUCAGGUUGUUUAAUGAUAAAGGAUGCAUAAAGGAUAGCUCUGUAGUGUACAAACCUUCUCCUUCCCUGUAUUGUCGAAGGCUUUCAUGGCCGGAAUCACUGGGUUGUGGUGAGUUUUUCGGGCUGUAUGGACAUGCUCCAGAAGCACUCUCUCCUGACAUUUCGCCUGCAUCUAUGGCAGGCAUCUUCAGAGGUUGAUGAACUCACAACCUCUGAAAAUUCCUAUCAUAGAUGCAGGCGAAACGUCAGGAGAGAAUGCUUCUGGAACAUGGCCAUACAGCCCAGGAAACUCACAACAACCCAGCUUCUCCUUCCCUGCAUCGUUAGCCAGUUAAUUUUGAAUUGCAAUGGGUAGGCUGCAGGGCUGCAAUUUGCUGUCCCCUAUCUCAACGAGAGGAAAAUAUAUGUGUAUAUAUAUAUAUAUCCAUAUACAUAUGUAUAUAUGAAUAUAUAUGGAAUUAGGAAAGGGCUCAUGGAUGCUUUGACCCAUUUGCUUUCGAACCAAUCACUUGAUCUAUAUAUAUAGUACAGUCUUCGUCAGUUGUGUAUAUAUCUAUAUAUACAUAAAUAUAAUCUAUAUAUUAAAGAAAGAAACCCUUAAUUAUCGGACUAGCUUGAAUCUUGUUUUGCACCCGUGAGCAGUUUUCAGAGACCGGAGCUAUGCCUGUUAUGUGGGAGGGAAAGAAAGAAAAGAAAGAAAGAAAGGCAACUACCUAUGGUUUACGUUUUAAGUUUAAUCAAGUCAUUUGAUUCUUAUUGUAAUGAAAGUUUUAAUUUUAUUGAUAAUAAAUUAUACGCUCUAAAAAAACUACCUUUGGUUAUUGUAGAUUUGUAUCAAUGAUUAAAAUAAAAAUAAAGAAUAGCCCAAAAUAUAUAUAUCCUGGAAGUUUAUGUUGAUGCUGAAGCUACACUGUAUCAUUGCAAUAGUUACCUCAUGGCCUACUGACCAAAUAGUUGUGUCCGAAUGAUAUUUAACUUUUUUUUUGCUUAAUAAAAAUAUAUUGAUUCUUUUGUA